AAAAACCCCCACUGUGUAUCUUUUUCCUCCUUGAAGGCCGCCGCCCAACCUUACGCCUGUCCCCGUUGCCUUCAGGUUAAAGACCGCGGCCCGGAAGCCACGCGCCGGUUCUUCAACUGGUUCUACUGGAGCAUCAACCUGGGGGCCCUCCUCUCGCUGGGCGGCGUGGCCUACAUCCAGCAGAACGUGGGCUUCGUGAGCGGCUACGCCAUCCCCACCGUCUGCAUCGGCGUCGCCUUCCUCACCUUCCUCUGCGGCCUCAGCGUCUUCGUCACCAAGCCCCCAGACGGCAGCGCCUUCACCGACGUGUUCAAGGUCCGGGCGUACUGGUGCCGCCCCCAGCAGCGACCUGCGGACCGCGGUCCCGGCGGUGAAGGCAGUGGAGGCUGCCAGCCGCCUUCUAAACACAGUCUGUUUGAUUCCUGUAAGAUGUCCCGGGGUGGGCCCUUCACGGAGGGCACCGUGGAGGACGUGCGGGCCCUGGUCAAGGUCGUGCCCGUGUUCUUGGCUCUGAUCCCCUACUGGACGGUGUACUUCCAGAUGCAGACCACGUAUGUCCUGCAGAGUCUUCACCUGAGGAUCCCAGAAAUCCCGAGCCUCACGCCCACCACGAACACGUUCCCGGCCGCCUGGCUCACCAUGUUCGACGCGGUGCUCAUCCUGCUGCUGAUCCCGCUGAAGGACAAGCUGGUGGACCCGGUGCUGCGGCGGCACGGCCUCCUGCCGUCCUCCCUGAAGCGCAUCGCCGUGGGCAUGUUCUUUGUCAUGUGCACCGCUGUCCUUCCAGGGAUCCUGGAGAGCAAGCGCCUGGACCUGGUGCGGGUGCGGACCGUGAACCAGACCAUCGGCAACGUCGUGUACUUCGCCGCCGACCUGCCCAUCUGGUGGCAGGUGCCCCAGUACGUGCUCAUCGGCAUCAGUGAGAUAUUCGCAAGCAUCGCCGGUGAGGCCUGGGGCCGUGGUGCCCUCCCUGAGGGGCCGGGGGACAGGGGCAGAGCGGCUGUGGUUCAGGGUCCAGUCGAGGAGAGAGCAGCUGCCAGCAGCAUGUCCGUGCGGCCCUUCCUCCUCCGGGGCCACAGGGAGGGGUUCCACUGGGUCAGGCUCGCCGGGCACCGUCUGAGGGCGCGUGGUGCCCGCUCAGACGCCCACAGGAGGCAGCUGCGUCCCAUCAACCCCAUAAACCUGUCCUCGCAGGCCCGGCUCUUCUGGGGGCCGCGGGUGGGGCUGCCCAGGGGCAGGGCAGGGCCAGGAGGAGUGACGCAGGGACCCCCUGAAACAGAUAAGACCCUGCGGCCGUCCGAGCGCAGCUCACGCCUCCUCUGCGUUCCAGGCAACAUCAACGGCUGCCACCUCAACUACUACUUCUUCCUGCUGGCCGCCGUCCAGGGCGCCACCCUCCUGCUUUUCCUCCUCGUGUCCGUCAAGUACGACCGCAGCGCCCUCAGCGGGAACUGCUUCUGGUGCACGGACUCCGCAGGGCUCCCCAGAGACAGGGAGCCGGUGAACAGUGUGAUGGUUCGCACUUACAUUCCUGUUCAGACUUGUGUCUGUAAUGAGGGCUUGGAUCACCUGACGUGGAAGCCGGAGGCUCUGAGGGCGGAUGGGCGAACGGACAAAGCCGUGCAGCGGAGCCUCCGCGGUUCUGAAAUCGGAUUAAAUGGCAGCACCGGGCAGACAGCGGGCGGCUGUCCUCGCUCAGCUCACCUCGCCGAGAUGGGAGGAGGCCCCUACGAUGAGUGUGUGGAAAUGGACCUCAGCGUGGACAACGGGGGCUUUGGAUCAGUUAUUUGUGCUGCGUGA